AUGGCUCGGAAGACCCUUAACCACCAAAUAGGGUGGUUAUAUGAUUUGGUACUAUGGUGGUUAGCCGUGCUUAUCGAUCUGUUUUUCAGAGAAGUCCACCCUCGCGGAUCAUGGAAAGUCCCCAAACGUGGGCCUAUAAUCCUCGUUGCUGCCCCGCAUGCGAACCAGUUUGUGGACUCGUUGAUUUUGAUGCGCGUGGCCCGGAGAGAACUCAACCGUCGCAUAGCCUUCCUUAUUGCCGAAAAAUCAUUCAAACGGAGAUUCGUCGGGCUGCUGGCAAAAGCCGCGGGUGCGCUGCCCGUAGCUAGGGCCAUGGAUAAUAUGAAACCGGGCAAGGGGACGAUAUACCUGCCAGACCCGGUUAACAACCCCACGCUGCUAAGGGGCAUUGGCACGAAGUUUGACGGGCCAGGAUUUGAACCUGGCGGCACGAUUGCCCUCCCGACAAUAAAUGGCGAGGCCCAUUCGACCGACAUCGCGGAGAUUCGCGGGCCAGAAGAGAUUCUUCUGAAGAAACCAUUCAUGCACAAGGAUGCGUUGUACCAGCUCACUGGGCGGGUUGAUAUCACUGAUGACUUGAAGUUUACCGGCAGUGCUGCACAGCAGGAUCUGUCAGGCUUCGAAGGUUCCAAGUUUAAAGUUGCUCCGCACGUCGAUCAGACGAUGGUGUAUGAGGCAGUUUUUCAGACUCUCAAUGCUGGAGGAUGUAUUGGCAUCUUUCCCGAGGGCGGUAGCCAUGACAGGCCUAACUUACUUCCAUUGAAAGCUGGAGUUGCCUUAAUGGCGCUUGGGGCCCUUGCCAAGAACCCCAACUGCGGCGUGAAAAUCGUCCCGUGUGGUAUGAACUAUUUCCAUGCACACAAGUUCCGAUCCCGGGCGGUGGUGGAAUUCGGAAACCCAAUCGAAGUGCCGCCGGAACUUGUUGAAAUGUACAAGGCAGGCAAUCGACGAGAAGCCGUGGGAACGCUCUUGAGCACUAUUUACCAGGCCUUGGUAGCGGUGACCGUUGUUGGCCCUGACUACGAAACCCUCAUGUUGAUACACGCGGCAAGGCGGUUAUACAACCCAGCGGGCAAGAAGCUUCCGCUCCCCAUGGUCGUAGAACUGAACCGUCGCCUAGUGAAGGGCUAUUCCCAUUACAAAGACGAUCCUAGAAUUGUGAACUUGAAAAAGUCCGUCAUGGCCUAUAAUAAACAACUGUGGUUGCUUGGCAUACGAGACCAUCAAGUAGAAUAUGCCAAGUUCUCAAUCUUCAAGGUGGUUUGGACUUUGAUAACCCGCCUUGGAAAACUCGUCAUUAUGUCCAUUGGCACUUUGCCAGGCCUCGUACUCUUCGCACCAGUGUUCGUUGCUACCAAAGUAAUUUCGAUCAAGAAAUCCAGGGAAGCAUUGGCGGCAUCCAGUGUGAAGAUUCAAGGUCGCGAUGUAAUGGCUACAUGGAAACUGCUUGUCGCAUUAGCCUUUGCACCUCUCCUUUAUGCAUUCUACACCAUCCUCCUCACAUACUGGACAUAUCGAAAUCGUGUCCAGGGAUAUGUCCCCCAAUGGGUGCCUCUCUGGCUAGUGGUGAUAUUCGGCUGCUGGAUAUUUCCCUCGAUCACCUUUGCGGCAUUGCGAAUUGGCGAGAUCGGCAUGGACAUCCUGAAAUCUAUGCGGCCGCUCGUCUUGUCCCUCAACCCCACCUCUGCCAACACCCUCGUCAAACUCCGACACCGAAGAGCCAAGCUCUCACAGGAAGUAACGGAGGUUAUCAACACCCUCGGUCCGGAGAUGUUUCCCGACUUCGACUCUUCAAGGGUCAUCAUGGACCCUUUCAAGGAAUCGCUGUUCAUGGGCCGCGAGGCGCCACUAUCAAGGAAAGAAAACCAACCCGUCACGACGGCAGAGCGGGAGGGCGCCACGCGGACAACCAAAGGCGAGGCAACGACCUUCGUACCCAGCCACCUACCCCGCAACGAAUCGUUCCACGACCUCAGCAACAUUGGAUUUUUCUCCACGCGACCUUCUAGCCGGAGCCGGAGCCGGAGCAGCUCCAGCGGUGGCUUGGCUGGGUCGGGCGGCAUGCCGCUAAAGGCGUUCAGCACCUUGAACUCGCAGGAGAGUUUUGACGAAGUGAGCAAGCGGAUCCGUGGGGCGAUGAAGGAACGGGGCCGAUUGAGGAGGAAGCAGAGUGAGGAGUUUGGGUGGGAGAUGGCUAGUUCUGCUGGUUCUGAGAGUCCGCGCAGCGAGCUUGGGAAGAAGGAUUUGUGA